CGGAAUCUUCACUACACGGAAAUGUGUCGAACCGGAAUAGUGACUAUUCCGGGUCGGCUUAAGUCCGUGCCAAUUUGUGAGAUUUAAAUCUUGUAUGGAAUAGUGACUAUUCCGAUUCGACACAAAUCCGUUUUUUGCCAUUGUUUAGGCGGAAUAGUCACUAUUCUUUUCGACACAAAUCCGCGUCCCCUGUCAAACAGGUUUUUUGUUUUCUACGUGGAACGUGGUGGAGGUUUUGAGCAUUCAAUUGUUCGUAUUUUCCUUGAGUUUUCGAUUCUGUGUUCUGCUGCAUGUUCGUCUGUUCGAGUGCCUUACAUACUUUAGUGCGUGUGUACUUAAUUUUAACAAGUUAUUUAUUUGAAGUAUAUUUAUUUAGGGAUGGCUCCCCAAAAAGGAAAGCAAGGGACAAAAGGACAGAAACAGAUACUUGAAGAAAAUGUCUCUACACUCAACUAUUACAGGAACAUGGUGUUUAUAGCAUGUGGAGGUUUCUUACUGGUGACAUCAGUAUUUUCAGAUUCUUACACUUGGCAAACAAUUGUGCUGUUUGUAUUCUCGCUAGUGGUGUACGCAGGAAGCUACCAGUUCAUGUCUUACAUGGCCCGGCCCAAGUACGCAGACUCCGGCCAGUUGUUGGACCCGGGCGUGGAUCUCAACAUGGAGGGAGGCAUUGCAGAGCAUGUUAAAGAUCUGAUCAUCUUGACAUCGGGUUGUCAGUUGCUGUCACUUAUUUCCAACUACUUCUGGCUGUUGUGGCUGCUUGCUCCUGCGCGCGGGUUCUGGAUGCUGUGGACCAACUUCUUGGGACCGUGGUUCUUCCAGCAAACACCCGCACAGCCAGAUGUGGAUGAGAAGAAGCAGCGGCGAAUGGAGAGGAGGAUGAAGCGGCACUGAGCAUGCCGGGUUGCCUGCCGACAGUUUCAACCUUGAAGCCUUGUGCUGCCCUGCCCAGCCCUGCCCAGCCCAGCCCAGCCCAGCCCGCCACAGUGCCAACCUGUUCCUGCAACAGUGUUCUAGGCAUUCCAACGUUGUAGCCUCCUUUCGAAUUUACUUUAUGAAUAACAGUGCAGCAUUGAGUUCGGUAGCAUUAAUUAAUUGCAAAUGAAGUACUUAGUGGUGACAUUGGUUAAUAUAAACUUUUACACAGAAUAACUCUGAAACAGUUCCUAAAACAUAAGCUGACAGGAUUUAUAGCAGAAAAUGUUGGAGAAAUAUUGUCAUCCCUCAUACAUAAUUCAUUUGUUCACAGUUGGUUCCUCUAGAAAAUGUAUUGACUAUGUGGCAACUGUUGUUUAUUACACAAUACAGUUAAUUAAAUAUUUGUUGAAUCAUAUAUUAAAACUACUGAAAACAACACAAAACUAAUAAAAAUCAAGCAUUUGUGCAAUAUUGCACAUGCAGAUUUUUUGAUUAAAUACAUAAUACAGAUACUUGAUUCAAAAUGUUAUUUAAAGGCAACUAAGCAAGAUUUACAGUUUUUUAAAGCGAGAACAUUGUUGUUUCGGGACAGGUUCUUAAAACUUUGGCAGCAAUAAUGAACGAAGGUUUAAACACUUACUUUUUAAUAUUCUGUACCUGCUUAUUGCAAUGGCCAUUUGAAACCUACUACAGGAAGUUUCUCUAUAAACAUAAAUGUUCAGAGGAUAUUUGUUUAACAUUUUAGGAAAAAUUUUGACAUAAAAAAAUUUGUGAUAUUCUGAAAAUGUAAAUAUUAUGAAUGGACCCAGCCAGAUCCUCAAAAAUAAAAAAAAAACUAGAUUUUUAAACAACUGAGAUUCUAAAAAAAUAUAAGAGGAAAGGUAAUUAAUAAAAGAAUUCAACACAGACAAGCCUGAAGUUUACUAGGUAUAUUUUUUCCUUACGCUAUUACCAUUCCCCAAGAUCCAAUACAUUUGAUAUGUAAUUAUAUAAGUAGAUUAAAGAUAUGUAUUGAUUCUGGAAACUACGUAAAUUUUUCAACAUUAUAAUUAAAUUAUUCAAUUCUUGUACAUAGUUUAUGACCACCUCUCUAGUAAGACUCAUUUUUAUUAAACACAAAAAUGUCAUAGAGUAAAGUUACAAUGAAUUUUGGGAGAGAGAAAAAUUGAAAAUUAUAUUUUAGUUUCGACAAUUUUUAGGCCAUAAUUUCAUUUGGAUAUUUUUGUCUUCAUUAAAGUAUAGUGCAUUUUAAAACAUAAUUCCUAAAGUUCAUGACUGGCUGAUUUAAACAUUUUUAUAUGUAAUUUCUGCUUUCACAAAGAAGACAUUUCAAAUAAUAACGGAACAAACUGUUUUGGCGCAAACAUAGUUGAAACAAUAUGGCAUAUUUCAGUUCCUUUCACGUAUUGGUGGUUUAUUUUCCUGUAUAUAAUGUUAAGAUUUGUGGCCAUUCCUAUGUUAAAGGCCAAUUACAAUAUUAACAAACCAUGCAAGCAAACAUUGUGUGUUGUAAAACCAAGUACAUUAAGAUUAUAAAGAAAAAAAUUACACUUGAAUUGCAAGAAUAAUAUAUAAAUCAGUGCCAACAAUGCUAAAUUAGAUUACACCAAUCACUCACUUAGCACGUCUUCAGAUUGUGCGAAUUCAUUUAGCGCAAUGUUAAUUUUACUGCCAAAGUCUUGAAUAGCAUGUCUGUAAAUUUCAGUUAACACAAAAUUGCCACAGGAAAAAAAAAGGCAUGACGCCACAAAAUCUGCUUCAAAUCGGUAAAUAACAGUUGUACCGUGGCAUACAGUUAGCCGUACGAGGGAGGAAGAGGUGCCAUCACAGGUCUGACUACGCCAUCGACUAUUGAACAAACAUCAGCUAUGGCAAGUUCAGUUGUGGCUAUGAAGUAUAAAGGACCUAAUAUUUUUACAUCCGCGCGUAUGCCGCCGUGUCGUACAGUUGUUGCCCGGCCUCAGACUGGGCCGUAAUGAACUUGGGUCUAGCCAGAACGCACAAACACAAGCAACGUCUGCCCACUUGUCAGCCGGUAACUGUAUGUGCGCAAGCACCUGUAGUUGGAAUCAUGGCUUCAAAGUAAAAGCAUAAUGCAUCGUGUUUAAGUAUUUGAGACAAAACUAGAAGUAUUACGGCAUGCAGAAUAUCAUGAAGGCCACAUUUAUGUUAGUCGCACUUCAGUUUCAAGCAAGUCAACUGUGCGUACGAUUGCACGAAAUAAGGACUCUAUCAAACUUUUAUACAAGUCUGAUGCUGUUAGUUGUGCCAGCGGGAAUUAUUUGGCAUUAAAUACCGGAAUGGAAAGAACAGCUGAUUCAGAUUGUGGAAGAAUCUUAGCUCUCACUGUUUAUGCUGUACUGUGGGAAUUCAGUUUAUGUGUUGGGCGCCAAUUCUGUAAAGAUCUCAGUUUAUGCUUUGCGCCCAAUUAUGGAAUAUAUAUUACUAUUUCUCUCUUUUCCCUCAUAGGCGUCAGGACUGAAUGCUGCUGGUGCACUUACCAACCGGUUAUCCCAGCUAGCAUGCCACUGGAUGUGUAAGGGGAAAAAUGUGGUGGUUACUAUUGUAUAUAAAAUUCGAAGUAUAUUGUGUGUUCCUGGUAUCUCUGUAUAAAAGUUACGUUUUAAUUCAAUACGGUUCCUCUGUACUUCAAGAAUAAACAAAUGAUAAUGA